UCGCCUGGAUUCGACGGCAGUGUUGACCGGGGACCUGUUCCGCAUAGAUAUUUCUGGUCUCUUGAGAAAGACCCAGCCAUUACCGGUCCUUUUCAGACAGCUGAGGAAUUCACAAAAGGGAUCGCUCUUUGCUCAAAGACUAUGUUCAGCGAAAUGAAUAAUGACAGUUUUCACUGUGACUAUCUGGCUCGACAUCUCCCAUCGGCGCUUGGCAAUUAUCCGCCUAUGUUUACACAUGGAGAUCUCUGGAGAGAGAAUGUUCUUGUUAGGAAGGUUGUGAUUUUUACAAAUGAAGAAGAGUAUGAAGUAGCUGCUCUCGUGGACUGGGAAACGGCUGGAUGGUAUCCUUCGUACUGGGAAUACACUCAUAUAUUUCCCCUGUUGCAGUGGAUUGACGACUGGCCGGAAUAUGUCGAGAAUAUUCUCGAUCCUUUGCCGCUGGAGGGUGCCAUGAUUUGGUUUGUCUUUAACAUUCUGGAGUUCUGAUAUCAGAUAAUGAUAGUGGCGGGUUGAUAUAAAUCCAAUCUGACGAUUCCAAUUCCAUGUGAAUCACACUAUCAGCGUCAAUAGGUACACAUUUCAAUAUCACCGGAGGCCCUUCAUUUACGCCUUUUGAUAAUCCACCGAGAAAGGCCGAUUGGCUCCCCGAAAUUCAACAUAUGCAGCUGUAAUUGAUCCCAUAUCUAAGCCGACGUUCUCUGACUCGCGAAUAGAGAAACGCC